AUCAAACCGAAACUAAAGUGAAUGAGGAAAUAGUAGAAAAGCCACACCAGCGAGACUUAUUGUCCCCGUGCUGCAGAGGUACUCGCUCGCGUCCAUUUAAAAUACACGACGAAUAUAUUUAUUAUUAUUAUAACAUCAUCUUUAGGGUGAUUAGUUUGCUCCGUCAUGUCAAAGGCGUCGACCAUGAAAAUCAGCAGAGCGAGCGCAGGAAAGGUGGAUAACUUCCGCCAGUCUCUAUACAGUGAGGCAGAGAACCUGUUCUCCAAUUACAUCCCUCUGAAGAUCAUCCAGCUGGACGCCCUGCUCAGGAAUGAAUCCUUCAGCAUCACAGACAUGUCUUCGCUGCAGGCUCCUCUGGACAUUCCCAUCCCUGACCCUCCGACCCCCGAGGAGGAGGAAAUGGAGACCGACAAGAACGAGGACGACGAGAAGAAAAAAAAGAAAGCUCCAAAAUGUGGCUUCAUCAAGGGGAAUGAGAAGAUUAUGAAGCUUCUCGAUAUGGUCAAACCAGAGAUUGUCGGUCUGCGAGAGACCAUCAUCGUUGUGUCCUGCUGGAUUCAGCAUCUCAUUCCAAAAAUAGAAGAUGGAAAUGACUUUGGAGUUGCCAUCCAGGAGAAAAUCCUGGAGAGAAUCGCUGCAGUAAAGACCAAAGUAGAUGGUUUCCAGACCAACAUCAACAAGUACUUUUCAGAGAGGGGGGACGCUGUGGCCAAAGCCUCCAAAGAUACACAUGUGAUGGACUACCGCUCACUUGUCCAUGAGAAGGACGAGACCAUCUACUCUGAGAUCAGGGUGAUCGUUCUGGACAUCCGUGGCUUCUAUGCCGAGCUUUACGACAUCAUCAACAAAAAUCUGGAGAAGGUAACCAACCCGAAAGGAGAGGAGAAGCCCUCCAUGUACUGAGGCUGAAAAAUGAGGAGAUGUUCUUGAGGCACCACUGGAACGGAUUCAUGAAUCCUCAGCUGUAUUUGAUCAUCAGGUCAAUUCAGUAUAAAUUAGCUCUCUCUGUUGAGUCGCGCUGCAUGUGCGCCAGUCAUAAAACAUUAAAAACCAAAAAAAAAAAGUUAGAAAUAAGUUUCUUAGAUUUUCCUACUCAAUAAACCUAGAGAUGAUCAUCACUGCUGGUGUUUUAACACUUUUAAGUUCCGUACCAACAUUUGCACUAAGUUGUAUGUCAAUGAGUGAAUAAAGAAAAGCUUUUUUUUCA